UCACCGGUCGAUCCCCAAGUCGCAUGCCACGCCGGCGCUCUUGAUCGGGCCUGCACGAUUCUUCCCCAUGUGAUGUGCGUGCAUACGAGAGCGCAACAAUGCUAGCUAGCUCACAUGGAUCUCGGGGUGUUCAUGGCGAGGGACCGGCCACCGAGACGCCAGUACGAGCGGCUCCGCGGCGACCUCUGCGGCGGCGAGGAGGUGGGGGGUGACUCGAGGCCGGCGGCGGCGUCAGCUGCCUGCAGGUGGACGAAGGCGAGGCGGCCGCUGCGUCUGCGGAGGAGGGUGGGGAUGGCGCCGCGUGCGGGCAAGAGAGGCGCCGUGAGGCUGCUGAUGCGGCUGCUGUUCGUCCUGGUGCCGGCGCGGCGUGCGGCCGCGCUUCUGGCGGAGCUGGUGCGACGGGUCGUGGCGGCGGCGGAAUGCCCCGCCAUCGUCUUCUCCUCGCAGUGGGGCCUCCCCGCGCUUUCACACUCCGCCAGCGGCGGCGCCAGCCGCAGAGCAAGGCUGCGGGCUUUCUACCUUCAGAGGAGCCUCUCCGCCGGCUCGAGCUCCGGCGUCGCCUCCCCUUGCUAGAUCAUCAGCAACCAUUAACGCACGGCAGCUGUCAGCUACAGUCGGUAGCCUCGUACUAAACCAUCUUCUUCUCCAAUGUAAUCAUGCAUGCCAUGUGAGGCUCCCGGCCGGUUCGUGACGAUGAUCAUGCACAUGGUUGCAAGAAAAGAAUGUCGCUGUAUGGCCAGUACGUUUGGGUACGUUAACUGAGCCAACUUGCGAUUCGUUUCUCAAAUAAUGCAGAGACCGUGAUGUACGUGUGGGCUUUUUAAACUUGUUUGACGUUCGGUGA